CCGCUUUUGGUAUCCAGUCAUAUGGCGUUUUUGGCAAAGUGCAUCGUGAUGAUUUGGAUAGUAACUAAAUGUCGCACAGAAGGCUCAAAUGCUGCUGCAGAACAGGAUUUAAUUAAUGACCUGCUAAAGGGGUACAACAAAGAUGCCCACCCCAUACCAGAACAGAACAAGAGUCUGUACAUGGUCACGUUUGGUUUGGAAUUGGUCCAACUCGUCAAUGUAGAUGAUAAAAAUCAGAUUAUUACUACAAACGUGUGGGUGCGACAGAAAUGGAGAAAUCUUCUCUUGACAUGGGAUCCGAACAAAUACGGUGGUAUCAAACGAGUUCGUAUUGAUCCGAGUCUGCUUUGGAUUCCGGACAUCGUUCUAUAUAACAGUGCAGACAGUGAGUUCAGCGGUGGACUUGAAAAGUACAAGACUCGUGUUAUCAUUGACCACGAUGGGACCAGUGCCUGGUACAGCCCAGCCUCGUUUCGAAGCACGUGUCCGAUUGAUGUCACGUACUUUCCGUUCGACCAACAGACUUGCACGAUGAAAUUUGGCUCCUGGACGUUUGAGGUGGUUGACCUUGAUAUUCAUGCUGACAUGUCUCCUCUCCAUUCCACGCAAUAUGUAAAAAGCGCGGAGUGGGAUCUGCUUGGAGCUUCCAAGAAACGUAACGUGCAGUCAUAUGCUUGUUGUGAUUACCCUUUUUCCGAUGUUACCAUCGAGUUCGUGUUCAAACGGAAGCCUUUAUUUUACAUUUUCAAUCUGAUAGUUCCAUGCAUGAUAAUCGUGUCCAUGGUGCUGCUGGGCUUUUUCCUACCUCCCGAAUCUGGAGAGCGAAUAACUCUAAGUAUUACCGUCCUGUUAGCUAUGGCAGUGUUUCUGCAACUUGGGGCAGAAAAUUUGCCAAGGAAUUCUGAGAGCGUACCGGUAAUGGGUAUUUUCUACAUCACAGUCAUGAUAGAGGUCGCCAGUUCUCUUAUCGCCACAUGUUACAUCUUGCACAUUCACCAUCGGAACUCUGGGACUGCCGUGGUGCCUGUUCCCAGGUGGGUCAAUGUAUAUAUCCUCGACAAGCUCGGAAAGUUUUUGGGCGUGAAGAAGCCUGUUACAGAGGACAAUUAUGACUUAUCGGCGGAGGUGGAUUUUAAGAGAAUCUCUUUGAUGAAAAAGGACUUGGACAAAAGGUUUGGCAGUACCAACAACCACGUUAAAACAAAGCUGCUACAUGACACGCGCUCACGAACUACAACAAAAUCCACUUUAAACUCUCCCGAAGAGUUUUGCAUGACCUCUUCAACGAACUCCGUCACAAGCACAUAUCCAAAGAUGGACACUCACCAAGAGAAAAAUCACAACAACGACGGUGGCUGCAACAGUGCCAAAACUGCACAAGGUGUCAUGGUGCUUGUAGACAGUUUGAAGCAUCGUCGGCAAAUCGAGAAGAAUCAGGAAGAAUGGAGGCAUCUUGCUAUGGUCUUAGAUCGAUUAUUUUUCUGGAUUUUUGUAGUGGUCAUAUUAAUCUCUACUAUUGUUGUUCUCAGUAGAGGAGCUUAGAAAAUUCACCCCUUUUCGAUAUUUUGAGUUCCUGCACACUCGAUUUACCAGUCCCAGUUUUCAAGUAACCAUACUUUGAGCAUAGGUGUUUGCAGUAAAGUAGGAUCACAGAGUAUACAUUUCAAUUGAGUGUCGCGAAUCCAAAACCAGGGUUAUCUAAACGCCAAUCAGGAGAAGGGUAAAAAAUUACAAGGAUCCAAUGAGAUCUCGAAGUAAAAGAAGCAAAAAGCUUGAAUAGCGAGAAAACGCGAGUGAGCAAGAUACAUUUUUGUCAGUUUUGCAUCUGGUUGAUUGAGAAGUUGGAGGGGCAAAACUGA